AUGCGGUCCAGUUUAUCCUGCGAGCAUUGCCGAAAAGCAAAGGUCAAAUGCGUCCACUCCGGAAGUGCACCUUGUCAACGCUGCCAACGCCUCGGAACAUCGGGCUGCGAAAUUACAAGACCAAUUGUCAGAUCUGCAAAGAAAGCUGUGAGGAGAGCACAGAACGAAGCGAGUUUGACGCCGAGGGAUGAUGUAUCGGUGAUAUCGAGCACGGCGGGAUUCCAGCCUAUACCGAGUCCUGUCUCGUCAAGACAGACGACUUCAUAUCAUGCAUCUGAUACUGUAGAUGAGCAUCUCGCCCGCUUGCCAAUUGGGAUUAUUCUCAAGGCUCUGAAUAUCUUUACUGCCAAGUUUCCAGAGCUGAGGAUACUGCAGGCAUCUGCUUUUAUCAAGGAGUAUCAGACCGCUCGGUCCAAGGAGAGCAAGGCCUUGCUAGCUACGAUACUAGCUAUCACAAGAAAGCAAUGCUCCAUUGGCACGGGGGACUGGCUGAGAAGUUUGAAGAGUAGCGAGUGCUAUGCUUCGUAUGCUUGGAGUACUUUGUCUGACGCUAUUCUUCAACCGCCAAAGGUCCAAGUCGUUCAGGCCUUGCUUAUCUUGACGCUGUAUGAGUGGGGAGUGAGAGAGUAUCACAAAGCUUGGAUGCACUGCGGAAUUGCAAUACGCAUCAUGCAGUCACUUCAUAGCUCCCGAGUCAGCCCUCACCCCCUCGACAUGUCUCAAAAUAAUGACACAGACGUCAUGGCCAUAGCUGUAGAAGCAAGAACAUACUGGGCGUGCUUCAUCAUGGACUGUACCAUCAACUCAGGAACAUAUAACCCGCGUAUGCUUCCAAUGUCCGAGAUGCACAAGCUUAAAGUUCCUCGUCCACUGAACUACACCGACUUUGCAUUCGGCUUUGACGGAGCUUCAUUAGACCAUAUCUGCACUGGUGGUUUGUCCGGACUGGCACAGAGUUUUGAGACUAUCGCAGCUGGUUUUGACAUUUACGCCCAAGCAAUGUCGUUUGUCUUUAACAAUGGGCGCUGUGCACCGGGUAUGUGUGCACCUGAGAAUUGUCCAUGGGCUCCCGGGUCGGCAUGGUCUCAGUGCCGAGAUAGACUUGAAGAAUGGAGGAAGAGCCAGCAUGAGAGACUCUGCUAUCCGCAGCAUAGCGUCGUGGUGCAUAUGACGUUGGGACAUGGGGAGUCGUUCAUCUACUUGAACAUGCUGUACUACUUGAGCACGAUCAUGCUUCAUAGAGAGUACUUCCCCUUCCUACCAACAGCUGAUUUGACCCCAAGAGGUCCAGUAGACCCUCCCCUUCUGGAGGCCGAAGCACCACCAGGUUGGUGGGACGAAAGUGCCCGAGAGCUCUUUAACGCAGCUGAACAGAUCGCAUCUCUUCUCCAAGAGGCAUCUGAGUGCGGAAUUCCACUAAUGACGCCUUUCUCCGGGUUUUGCGCUUUCACCGCCUGUUUUCUCAAUCUCUACGUAUUUCGAUUUCCCAGGAUGAAUCUCAAUCGAAGCUCAAAAGCCGAACAGCUUAUGAACUGGGGACUAGAGUAUUUGGAAGAAUUCCAGAACGCCUGGGAACUAGCAGGAGGCUGGAACUCAUCACUCUUAUACAAGAGAGCAACAGAAGACGCAGGACGUUACCGCGGAAGAUCAAGAGCCGACUUCGAAACUCUUCACCAGUCGAUUCAUGAAUAUCGAAUUGUCGAUAGGUCGGAUCAGCAUCUGCAGCAGAUCAGCCACGCAGAUCGAAACUCGGCAAGGCGUGAAGAAGAAGCUGUGGCGAGUCAAGUUCAGGUGGCUAGUAAUAUGGGCGCGGCUGUUAAUGCUUCGGUGCCGGAUCCGUUUCCGAAUUGGUGGUCGAUGUUGCAGGAGGUGGAGUUUACGGAUGUUGGCAAUUUGUGGAACGGUAUGCGUGAGUUAUAA